AUGGUGGCGGCUCCGUGCGCUCGCAGGCUGGCCCGGCGCUCGCACUCGGCGCUCAUCGCGGCGCUCACCGUGCUGCUCCUGCAGACGCUGGUGGUGUGGAAUUUCAGCAGCCUGGACUCCGGCGAGGAGCAGCGGGCCGGCGGCGGCCGGGAGAAGCGGGAUCGGGGCGGCGGCGCCGGGGAGAGCAGCGACCACCGGGCGCAUCAGCACCGCAGAGGACCUGCUGCAUUCCACAGCAAGGCGCUGGACCAGCCACCUCACCCCAACGCUGGCUUGGAGACCCAGGAUGGUUAUUUUUCCCACCGGCCAAAAGAGAAAAUGCGAACAGACAGCAAUAAUGAAAACUCUGUACCCAAGGACUUUGAAAAUAUUGAUAACAGUAACUUUGCUCCCAGGACUCAGAGGCAAAAAUACCAGCCUGAACUGGUGAAGAAGCCUCUUAGUAAGCAGAAGGAGCACUUGAAAAAGAAACUAGAGCAAGAAGGAAAGGUGAAGGAGAACUCACUGCUGGGGAAGAACUCCAAUGAAGUGCUUCAGUUCGGCCAUCAUGCCGUAAAGAAUAGCAGCAGCAGCAGCAAUUUGAAGGAGAUUCACAGGUCUCCCAGACAACCUAAUUUAAAAAGGAGUGGAAACAGCUCCCCUGAAAUAAGAUAUGACCAGCCACCAAAAUGUGAAAUAUCAGGCAAGGAGGCAAUCUCAGCUCUGUCUCGGUCCAAAUCCAAGCACUGUCGGCGGGAGAUUGCAGAGAUAUACUGUCAACACAAGCAAGGAAAGCUGAUGCCUGAGAAGGUGAUGCGUUUGUGUCCUCUGGAUGGAAAAGCCAACAACAAUGUACUAUGGGAUGAGGACUCCAUAGAGUACAUGCCUGCCAACCCAGUCAGGAUCGCAUUUGUCUUGGUUGUUCAUGGCAGAGCUUCUCGGCAGCUCCAACGCAUGUUUAAGGCUAUUUACCAUAAAGACCAUUUCUAUUACAUUCAUGUUGACAAGCGAUCCAAUUAUCUACACCGGAAAGUGCUCCAGUUUGCUAGCCAGUAUCCGAAUGUGAGAGUCACCCCUUGGCGAAUGGCAACUAUCUGGGGAGGAGCAAGUCUUCUGUCCACCUAUCUACAGAGUAUGAGGGAUUUAAUUGAGAUGAAUGACUGGCCCUGGGAUUUCUUCAUUAAUCUUAGUGCUGCCGACUAUCCCAUCAGGACAAAUGAUCAGCUAGUAGCAUUCCUGUCCAGGUAUCGCAAUAUGAACUUCUUGAAGUCGCAUGGGAGGGACAAUGCAAGGUUUAUUAGAAAACAAGGUCUGGACAGGCUUUUCCUAGAAUGUGAUACACACAUGUGGCGCCUUGGAGACCGGAAAAUCCCAGAAGGAAUCACUCUGGAUGGAGGAUCAGACUGGUUCCUAUUGAACAGGAAGUUUGUGGAGUAUGUCAUCUUUUCCAGUGAUGAUCUGGUGACAAAGAUGAAGAGGUUCUAUUCGUAUACUUUGCUUCCCGCUGAGUCUUUCUUUCAUACUGUCCUGGAAAAUAGCCCUCACUGUGUCUCCAUGGUGGACAACAAUUUGCGCAUCACUAACUGGAACCGUAAACUGGGCUGCAAAUGUCAGUACAAGCACAUUGUUGAUUGGUGUGGCUGCUCUCCUAAUGAUUUCAAACCAGCGGACUUCCACAGAUUUCAGCAAACCGCCAGGCCAACGUUCUUUGCCCGCAAAUUUGAAGCCGUGGUGAAUCAAGAAAUCAUCGGCCAGUUGGACUAUUAUUUGUAUGGUAACUACCCCUCUGGCACGCCAGGACUCAGGUCGUACUGGGAGAAUAUAUAUGAUGAGCCCGACGGCAUCCAUAGCCUCAGUGAUGUCCUUCUGACCAUGUAUCACUCAUUUUCCCGCUUGGGCCUAAGGAGAGCUGAGACGUCAUUGCACACUGAUGGAGACAACAGCUGCCGGUACUAUCCCAUGGGCCAUCCAGUUUCAGUCCAACUCUACUUCCUUGCUGAUCGUUUUCAGGGCUUCCUAAUCAAACAUCAUGCAACAAAUCUGGCUGUCAGUAAACUAGAGACUUUGGAAACUUGGGUGAUGCCAAAGAAAAUGUUUAAGAUUGCUAGUCCACCAAGUGAUUUUGGAAGGCUGCAGUUUUCAGAGAUUGGCACUGACUGGGAUGCCAAGGAAAGGAUAUUUCGGAACUUUGGAGGACUUAUUGGGCCGAUGGACGAACCAGUUGGCAUGCAGAAGUGGGGAAAAGGCCCUAAUGUCACAGUCACUGUGAUCUGGGUGGAUCCUAUCAAUGUAAUCGCAGCUACAUAUGAUAUCCUUAUUGAAUCCAGUGCAGAAUUUACUCACUACAAACCACCUUUGAAUUUGCCACUGCGGCCUGGAGUCUGGACUAUUAAAAUUCUGCACCACUGGGUACCUGUAGCUGAAACCAAAUUCCUCGUUACUCCUCUUACAUUCUCCAGCAGGCAACCUAUCAAACAAGAAGAAUCCAUGAAGUUGCAUAAUGGGCCUCCUAAGAACGCAUACAUGGAGCAGAGCUUCCAAGGCUUAAAUCCAGUUUUAAAUAUUCCUGUCAAGGCAGCUCAAGUGGACCAGGCAAAAAAGAAUGCAGCGCUCAUAGGUACCAAGCUGGAGAACUGGGUGGACACCUUGGUUAGCAGCAUAUGGUCAGCGGUGGAUGUAUGUAAUACAGGUCCAACUUCCUGUCCAGUCAUGCAGGCUUGCAGUCAAACAGCCUGGAGCUCCUUGAGCCCAGACCCUAAGUCAGAGCUGGGUCCCAUUAAACCUGAUGGGCGUUUGAGGUAGCAUCUGGUACGUUUGGCACAGAUUUUAAAAGAGAAUUUAACCUUGCUUAUAUAUGAAUCUGACUUCAGGUUCCAAAACCUUGAUGAAACAUUUUGUUACCUAUUUCUCAUCUCCAUAUAUAAUUUUUAAAAAUCUGGCAAAAUCUUUGGCAUUGUUUCUCCUUCAGAUCCAUUGGUCUAAGCUUCAGUAGCACUGUUCAUCUCCUCUGUAUCUUUUACAACCUUACUUCAUUCACUUUGUAUCUAAAAGGCUCCAACAUUUUCUUCCUCCAAUUAUGAAAUGGUAACAUAGCACGUCUGGUAUGUUCAGAGGGUAAAAAAGGAGCAGCUGCUAAAAAUAUCUUCUCUCAAAAACACCUAUGUAUAUUUUGAAUAUUUUACAUUUUAAUUAUUUUGCUAACAUAAAUAACCAGAAACUCCAAUAUAUCUUUCAUGGGAAGAAUGAUCUAUAAAAUAUAGUCAAAAUGUUUUACAAGAUGUAAAAAAAUUGGGACACACCCUGACUAUUUGUAUAAUGUUAAGAAAUUCUAGGCUUGAUUCACCAUUGUGUUAACUCCAGUUUCAGACCAGAGUGCAUCACACUGGCAUAGAAACCAGACUAACAGAGUGGUGAAUUAGGCUUCCUCUUUCUUUUUAGAGGUCAAACAUUCUCAUCUAUUUGAUGAUCUCUGAACAAAAUGAGUUGUUAUAAAAGGUAUUUUUUAUUCCUAUUAUGAUUAAUCAUCAGUCAUCACAAAGGCUGGGCAACACUUGCAGUAUUCUCAUUACCCAAAGUCCAGAUUCUUGUCCCCACUGAAAUCUGCAUUUAAAAAAAAUCCACACAGAGCACCAUCUGCAUAUAAGCGGGUGUGCAAAUUCCACCUACAUCAAGGGGUUUGUGCAUGCAGCUUGUAUGUGUGGAUGCUCAUACCCAGGCUGUGAUACUCCUACUCACAGGGCAGCAUUCCCUUUUCCAGGAGUAGCCUGAUUGGAUUCAGUGGGCCAACUCACAGUGUAAGAUUCUACUCUGAGUUAGUCAAAGUGGAAGAAUCUGGCCCUUAAUUAUUUCAGUUUAGAAGCUUUUCCAUUGAUUUCAGUGGGUGAAAGAUUGGGACCUAAUUAUGCAGCGAGCUGAUUCUGCACUAUUUUAAGUCGUGGCUAACACUAAUUGCCUCUGUUGGUCCCAGACCUGCCAACAUUCAUGAAGAAUGAUAGUUUUGAGAUUGCAUGGUACCUCUGGAAGGUUCUGGUGCGUGGCACCUUGAGUGUAAUGGAGAUUCCUGACUGAAGCCAUGGAUUGAAUGAAGGAGAUCAAAUGCCAUUCUUCAGAGUGCUUUUAUUUUAUUUAAUUUUAUUUAUUUAUUUAUUAUCAACAAGCUCUAAUCUUGCGUGUAUUGACCUUUUUGACUCUUUGGCAGGCUGCAUCCUGUUUUAAAUACGGAUGUGAUCUAUCAUUUGAACCUGAGUUUUCAACACUGAAAAAAAUCCAAUUUUAAAUUCUGAGGACUUUUUAAAAUGUUUUUCUUGGAUGCAAAUUCAUCUCCAGCUGAAGCAUUUUGCAUGUAAUGUGCACUUUUAUUUUGUGGUCCCUUGAGUACAAUGUACCCGGAAACUUCAAGGAACCUUGAUGGGUUUAAUUAUAAAAUGCCCUUAAAUUAAUAAAGUAAGGCGUCCAUUUUCCCUUCUGUGGCAUGUAUAACUUUCAUUACCGCUAAUGAGAGUUAAGCUCACACAUCAGGGAGGAAAUAGACCCUUUCAUAACCACAUAUCACAAAAAAAGGUUGAAUUCUCUUUUAAAUAAUGGUUGCAAAAUGACCAUAAAACAGACAUCUCAAUGGCUUGUUAUAUUUUUCUCCAUUUGGUUUAAAGCUCCUGCAGUUUGCUUUGGACUUGAAAUUGCAGUGUCAGCUGUGCUGGCAUUAAGGCAGAGCAUUUAAAUGUUUGUUUAUCUGGAAUAAAGGUGGAUGCAUAGGAGGAACAGUUUAGAUAUUUAUUUGUUAUGUUUUAGUCAAUGACUAAUUAGUAGGUGCUGCUUUUGCAGCUUGAAGAUUUUAUCUUACUAACUAAAGCUGCCUUUAUUAAGGAAAGGCCUUUUCCUCCUCAGACCUCCUUUUCUUUCCACCUUCUUGAUUUUGACAGUCUGGGAGCUGUAGUUCUAGAAAAGCUUGUAGUUGUUAGAGCUGGUUGGAAAGUUUCUGUCUAAAUAAUGUUCCUGUUUUUCAGCUGGCUCUAGUGGUGAGUGUGGUCAAACCAACAUUGCCAACAGGUUUAUAUAAUAGAAAUACUUCUCUUUCCGUGCUUUUUUAAAAAUAAUAGUUUUUAUCUAACAUUCCAUCACAAAUGUCAAAUCUCCAGGGGACCACUAAUCUCCUCUAUGAAUUUAGGGUUUUA